GUAUGGCCUCAGUUCGUUAGCACUCACCAAACGUGGUGCUGGCGGGAAGUCGGGUUGGUGAGUCCAUUAGUUUGUUUUGUUGAGUGCGGAGGCGAGGGUGGCAAGACGAUCAGUUACUCGAGCCGUCUGGACUGAAUUCGAAAUCCCAUAAUUCGCGACAGAUCUCUGAUUCCCCGCCGCCGUUCUGGACCAGGCAACGCAAGGAGCUAGCGAAGCGCUUAUUCCGGCUGGCCACCAUCGCUUGCGGAACUGUUUCGUGCGAAGGCGUGCCGCUUGAGAGCCAAGUGGCCGUCCUUCUACGCCAUCAGUACCUACGAUUGAUCCUGCCACGUGGCGGUCGUACACAAAGAGCGAGACUAGCAGCAUGGCCGUGAUGGCGGCGGCUUUCCAGGUGGCAGGUGUUGGAUCUGGCAUCGUGACGGGAACGGCAAUUGGGAGGGAGAGUGGCAUUGGAGGUACGUCUUGCAGCCGCAGCCUGGGAGAUUCCCUGAUGCUCACCGCUGGGGUUUAUCGCCCCUGCAGGAGCGCGAAAGCAGCCGUGAUGAAACAGUGUGACUGUCAUCCAGUCCUUCUGAACGGUUUUGAUGGUCUUCGCUCAUCUGGGCCGUCGUCGCUGCCUCGUUUUGGUAAUGAAUCAUCUUCCAGUUUUGCCUCCAUAGCCGGUGCGCAGAUCAAUUCAAGGAGGUGUAGGUCUGCUGCCGCUACUGCCCUUCCCCGCCCUGGAGAGGCUCGUGCCUCCACCUACAAAGUCUCUGUACUCGGUGCUGCUGGCGGAAUUGGUCAACCCCUCUCUCUGUUGCUCAAGAUGUCUCCCCUUAUUUCCGAUCUCCGUCUGCACGAUAUUGCCAAUGUGAAGGGCGUCACGGCCGAUCUGUCCCACUGUAACACCCCUGCCCAGGUGUCUGGGUUUAUGGGCCCAGAGGAACUGGCAGAGGCCGUGAGGGAUGCUGAUCUUGUGGUCAUUCCGGCGGGCGUGCCGCGGAAGCCGGGUAUGACCCGGGACGACCUGUUCAAUGUCAAUGCCGGGAUUGUCCAGUCGCUUGUGGAAGCCGUAGCCAAGCAUGCACCCAAGGCUCUGAUCAACGUCAUCUGUAAUCCGGUCAAUUCCACGGUGCCGAUUGCUGCAGAGGUGUUGAAGAAGCAGGGUGUGUACGACCCUGCGAGGCUGUUUGGUGUGACGACACUUGAUGUGGUUCGAUCGAACACGUUUGUUGCGGAGGCUAAGGGUCUGCGAUUGAUAGAUGUUGACGUUCCCGUAGUGGGCGGUCACGCAGGGGGCACAAUUCUUCCUCUCCUGUCGAAGACCAAGCCACGAGUUGAGUUCACUGCUGAGGAGAUCGAGUCGCUGACAAAGCGCAUUCAGGAAGCAGGGACGGAGGUUGUCCAAGCCAAGGCUGGUACCGGGUCUGCCACUCUUUCGAUGGCUUAUGCUGCUGCAAGAUUUGCUGAAUCUUGUUUGCGAGGCCUGGAUGGCGACACAGACGUGUACGAGUGUAGUUAUGUGCAGUGUGACGUCACUGAGCUUCCGUUCUUUGCCACCAGGGUGAAAUUGGGAAGGAAGGGAGUUGAGGCGGUUGUUCCCAUCGAAGGGAUUUCCGAGUAUGAGCAGAGGGCACUAGAGGCAAUGAAGCCAGAGUUGAAGGCGAGUAUUGAGAAAGGGGCUGCCUUUGUUAACAAGGAACCUGUGACGGCUUCAGCAUCUUAGGAGGAGGAGGAGAAGGAAGGCGAAUGGAGACAGUUUGGGUCGUCUUUCAGAACAGGUGAACUCGAUCCGAUGGCUUAAUGUUGGUAAUAAAGACCCAGAGGGUGGAUCUAACCGCUUGGCAAGGUAUCGUUUUCAGCGGAAGCGUAGAUUGGUCAGCACAGUGCUAUUUGGCCAUGUGGCUACUUGGCUAUUUUACAAUAAUAAGGACAAAUAGUUUGUGCAAGGUUACCUUUGGGGCUGGGGAGUCCAGUUGCUGGGACGAGACACCUCUGAACGAGGGGUUCCGUGGUUGAGAGGGCGGCGAUCUCAGCUGAAAUGAAGUAUGGGCCAGGUCGAACUGUUCUCUCCAGAAUGAGGUUUCACAGCUGUUUGCUGUUUUGCGACUUAGUGCAAAUUGUACUAGGAGUUAUAAGAGUAGCAUAUGCGCGUAUGCACGAGUGCAUGUGUGUAAAUGCGAACCGCGGGGGGUGGGGAGAGAGAGAGAGAGAGAGUCAUAUGGAGGAGGCCCAAAGAAUAGUGAUUGUGGGUCUUAUGGCCCACAUGGCCUUCUGAAGUUGAUAUGAUUCAGUAUGUGGGAUGGUUGAUUUUUACUUGUUGGUGGGAUUUGUUUGAUCUGUAGGACGUGGGUGUAGAAUGUAGCGAGCAGCAACUUCCAUUGUGACAUGUGUGCUCGGGCAAGGAACAGAGAAUUGGCGAGCACCAGCUUGUAUUGUGAUUCAGCUGCCAUGGCAGCUCGUGAGGUGGGACUGGGACGAUGGAAAUUUGAAUUGAGUUCUGACAAACACAUUGUUUGUCUCAGGCUUUAGAAAGGCAGUUGGAGAUUGAAAGAUGGACAAUAAAGUGAUGAUACAUGUAUGGAUGGGGAGAAGUGGGUAUUCGAAAGAAAUGCCUGAGAUGUGUAGUGCACCGACAUGUGUGUUUUAUUUUCAGCCGGUGCUGUACGGCCGGACACAUCUCCAUCUGGUGUGUACACGUUCUCUUUGAAGUUCGAAUUCAAUGCGCUAUUCUCUAUUUUCUCUAGAUACAUUGCUGGUCGUUCCUUGGAUGAGAUUCAGAAGUUAUGGUACUGUGGCCUGCUAGGAAGGCAAUUUCUGUUUUUGUAACAUCUGCUCUUUUCAAUAUGGCGGCCUGAAGCACGGUAUCGGUCUUCAAUGCGGCAUCUGGAAGCAGGGUAUCUGUUUCCAUUGAGGCCUCUUCAAGCAGGGUCUCGGUUUUUAACGAGGCUUCUUGAAGCAGGGUAUUGAUGGCCUGCUGACACAGGCUAGCAGGAUAUGGAUGGCCUGGUAUGGCCUGCUUAACCAGGGUAUAGAUGGGCUGCUUAAUCAGGGUAUUGAUGGCCUGCUACACCAGGGUAUCAAUGGCCUUCUGACAGAGGGUUGCAGGGUAUUCCUGACCUGCUGAAGGAGGGUAUUGCUGGCCUGCUGACAAAGGGUAUUGAUGGCCUGCAUAGCCAGGGUAAAGAUGGUCUGCUGAAGAAGGUUAUGGUAAUGUUCAGGGAUGAAAGUGAUUCAGACAUGUACAGAGAAGAUGUGUGAAGUGGGCGGGAUGUGCCGACAUUUGCACAGGGAACAGGUCUGAAGAGUGAGGGGUGUCUGCAGCUGGGCUUUUGAUUGAUUGUUAGCCCGUGAAAAGCUGCAUUAAAGAUACAGAUCUGAGGGAUGCGUUUUUUUUUUCACCGUCCAUCAAAAAAAGAAAUGCACGGAGAUCAUGUUUGGACUCACAUGUGGUCGUGUGUUCAUUGCAACUCACACAAUGGACAGAUGUUAUGGGUGUGCCUCGUACUCCACCAUCUAUGUGCUGAUCUCGGCUGCAUUUUGAAUGC